AUGUUCUGGGUGCGCCAGAGCCCCGGGAAGGGGCUGGAAUGGGUUGGUGGGAUCAGUGCUUUUGGUACCACCUACUACGCGCCGUCAGUGAAGGGCCGGUUCACCAUCACCAGGGACAACGGGCAGAGCUCGGUGACGCUGCAGAUGAACAACCUCAGGGAGGAGGAUUCCAACACCUAUUUCUGCGCCAAACGUAGCCAGUCACUGGGAAGGUCCCAGCCCUCACAGGAGGGUCUUCAUCCCCCGGCUCACCCCGAUAUUCCCUUUUCUCCCCCCGCAGGGCUGCGGGCGGCCGUGACCCUGGUGGAGUCCGGGGGUGACCUCAAGGCCCCGGGGGAGUCCCUGCGGCUCCUCUGCCGCGGCUCCGGCUUCACCUUCACCGACAACGACAUUUACUGGGUGCGCCAGAGCCCCGGGAAGGGGCUGGAGUGGGUCGCUGGGAUUGAUGCUGGUGGUAGAACCGGCUACGCGCCGUCGGUGCAGGGCCGGUUCACCAUGGCCAGGGACAACGGGCAGAGCUCGGUGACGCUGCAGAUGAACAACCUCAGGGAGGAGGAUUCCAACACCUAUUUCUGUGCCAAAAAUGCUGAUGUUGCUGGUUAUGGUCCUGAAGGUAUCGAUGCCCUUGGCGACAUCCCCAAAUCUUGA